AUGAAAACAGAGAUAGAGAUAGAAAGGCUAUGGGUAUUUGCCCUGACUGCCAAAUGCAGAGCUUUCUUUCCUGAAAGCAUUGCAUGCAUGCUUCUCAUCGUUUCCCUCACAUGGCUUCUCAUCUCCUUAAUUUACUGGUCUCACCCGGGAGGCCCAGCCUAAGGCCGCAACAUCAAAAUAAUCGGUCCCUUUUCCAAAAGGCCCACAAUUCCGGGGCCCAGAGGCCUGCCUCUCAUAGGCAGCAUGUCCCUAAUGACCUCCCUGGCCCAUUGCAAAAUCGCCUCCGCUGCCCAAUCCCUCCACGCCACGCGACUCAUGGCCUUCAGCCUCGGCCAAACCAGAGUCAUCGUCACGUGCCACCCCGACGUCGCCAGAGAAAUCCUCAACAGUUCCGUCUUCGCCGACCACCCCGUCAAGGAAUCCGCCUACUCCCUCAUGUUCAACCGGGCCAUCGGGUUCGCCCCCAACGGCGUCUACUAGCGGACCCUCAGGUGUAUCUCCGCCGCCCACCUCUUCUCCCCCAAGAAAAUCAAGGCCGCUGAGGCCCAGAGAAGGGACAUAGCUUCUCAAAUGACGGUAAUGUUCGAGACCCACGAGGAGAAAUUGGCCGUUUGUAAUGUGAUCAAGUGGGCGUCGCUGAACAACAUGAUGUGCUUUGUUUUUGGCCGGAAGUACGAGCUCGAAGUCGGUGCUGCCGUGGACAGUGAAGUCGAAGAGCUCAAAGGGUUGGUAGACGAAGGCUACGAUUUGUUGGGUAUGUUAAAUUGGUCCAAUCAUCUUCCCUGGUUGGCCGAUUUUGAUGCCCAGAAAAUCCGGUUCAGAUGCUCCAAUCUCGUCCCCAAAGUGAACCGUUUCAUCUCAAGAAUCAUUUCCAAGCACCGAACCGGUCUGAAAUUCGAAAAAGAUGAAAAGGCCCCUAACUUUGUCGACGUUCUUAUUUCCCUCCAAGGAAUCGAUAAGUUGUCCGACACCGAUAUGAUCGUCGUCCUUUGGGAAAUGAUAUUUAGAGGGACGAACACCGUGGCGGUUCUGAUCGAGUGGAUUCUAGCAAGGAUGGUACUGCACCCUGUUGUUCAAUCGACGAUCCAUGAUGAGCUAGAUAAAGUGGUUGGAAGGUAGCGAGCCGUCGAGGAGACGGAUAUCUCCCCGCUGGUGUAUCUAACGGCUGUGGUGAAAGAGGUCUUGAGGAUGCACCCACCGGGCCCACUUUUAUCUUGGGCCCGCCUGGCGAUCACUGAUACAAUGAUUGAUGGAUAUCAUGUGCCCGCAGGGACCACAACCAUGGUGAAUAUGUGGGAAAUCUCUCGGGACCUAGAGUUUUGGCCGGACCCACUACAGUUUAAGCCCGAGAGGUUUAUGCCUCGGGAGGGAGAACAUGAGUUUUUGGUUUUCGGGUCGGAUCUUAGGCUUGCGCCGUUUGGGUCGGGUAGGCAGACUUGCCCGGGAAAGGCUAUGGGAUUGACCACGGUGACGUUUUGGGUGGCGUCGCUUUUACACGAGUAUGAGUGGCAGCCGUCGGAUGGGAAUACCGUGGACUUAUCGGAGGUUCUAAGGCUGUCAUGUGAGAUGGCUAGCCCUCUGGUUGCUAAAGUGUGCCCAAGGCGUAGUAGGGUAACCAUAACUCACUAA